AUGGUCUACACAAUGAAAAUCUACGUCGACGGCGGCUGCAGAGGCAACGGCCAACCAGGCUCCAUCGCCGCCGCAGCAGCCUGCAUCCAACACCGCUCAGGGAACUACAACUGCUUCACGCGGGUCGUCAACGAAAGCCCCGACGGCGAUCCACCCACCAACCAACGCGCCGAAAUCACCGCCAUCAUCAUAGCACUCGAAAUCGCAGUCGAGAAAUACCGCGAACUCGACGGGAACCCCUACCUUGAACUGGAAAUAUUCUCAGAUUCGAAAUAUGCGGUCAAUUGUAUGAAUGAGUGGAUCUAUAAGUGGGAAAGAAAUGGGUAUAUUAAUUCGGCUGGCAAUCCGGUUGCGAAUCAGGAUUUGAUUAGGGAGGCGUCGGGAUUGGAUGAUGAUCUUAACGAGGAAGGGAGGGUUACUUAUACGUGGAUACCGCGGGAGAGGAAUGAGGUGGCUGAUAAAUGGUGUAAUAAGGAGUUGGACGAGAUCGAGGAGCAGAGAAAGUACGCGGAUCUUACGUGA